CUGUAGAGGUAGUAUGAGAUGACUUGCACUCCGUCGCAUACACAUAAUCCCAUAAUGGCAUCAUUUGUAUACUGUAAUUAGGUACAUCGCGUAACCACCUUUACUCUUUGAUUUUAAACAUAGAUAAAUAUUUCACUAACAUAUAAAACAUUCAUUCGUUCAUUGUAAGUAAAUUUAAGUUAAUUGGAUUAACCACUGAUCCGUCUGUGAACAACGCAUAAACGAAUAUAAGUUACAAUAUGUUGAAUUCCCAUUGCAUAAAUUAUUUCCUACUGCGUCACUGCAUAUAAUAAUAUCAUGACAUUUAGCCUUUAGCGAUAGAUAGGUACAUAAUUAUUUAUUUCCCUAUAUAAAGCGAUUCACUGCCACUCACCUGCAGUGUGUUGGUUAGUUGCGGCGGAUAGUCUUUUACCGACCACAAGUGUCGUAUGCAUAUAUAUAAGUCGUACGGUCGCGUUUCCGAUAUAAAGUUUAGACUUAGCUACGAUAUCGGAACAUAAUUCGUACACCUGGAGGACGCGACGCCACGAUGAGAUGGUCGACGAGAGCGUGUCUGAGCGCGGUCCUGCUCCUACUGGUGUCGUCAGCGGCGGACGCCAGUUUCUGGGACACCAUUCCGGUGGUGUCGCAACUGAAGUCGGCCGUGCAGGCGAUCUCCGGCAACUCGGAGGCGGCGCGGCAGACGCAAAUCAACUUCGCCAACCAGAUGCCGGUGGUGUCGCAGAUCAAGUCGGCCGUGGAGGCGGCCACCGGUGACCAGCAGGCGGCCCGGAGCACGCAGAUGCACUUUUUGAAAAACGCCGAGACGCUGGUAGACGGUACGCCGGUGGUCGGCCACAUCAAGGGCGGCAUACACAUGUUGGCCGGCGACAAGGAACGCGGACUGGACAUCAUAAAGGGCGCGACCAGCACCACCGGUGCCGUUAUCGGUGGCGUGCUGGGCGGACCGGCGGGCGCAGUAGCUGGUGGCCUGGCCACGGACAUAGUGAUAACGAACAUCGAUACGGCGGUCGCGGCCGGUAACGACGACCACCCACAAAUCAAGCCGUACGGCAUGGUCGAUUACUUGAUUAAUAUCGACAAGAAGUCGGUCGGUGAACACUUUGACAUGAUCGCGGGAAUGGGCGCAGACGUGGCAGGCGGCAUGACAGCAAAAAAAAGCAGUGGCGUUGGCGGAAAACCGUCAGCUGUGACGAAACCGAAUAAGCCACCACGGACGGCUACUGUCGAUCAGUCAAAACCCCUCACGUUUGGUGCCGGAGAGGGCAGCCGAACACAGUCGGGCCGGACUCCCAUCGUCAGGGACGGCGUGACUACCAUCGUCAGGGACGGCGUAGAGUUGCACCCCAACGUUGUGAUGAUCAAAGACGGCAUGGAGGUGAACAAGUUCGAUCUGGAGGUAGACCGGCCGGUGAAAGUCCUGGACGACGCGGUCGAGUACGAAGCGCUGCGACCCAAGCCCGGCGACAGACCAUUCAUGUCGGUCGCGGUCGACUUGGACAGUCCCAUAGUGGAACGGAACCUGCAUCCGGCCCAGUUCGACAAGACGGUGCUGGAAGUGUCCCGUCUGGCCGGCGGCGGCGAUGGCCUGCGGUGGUUUACGCCGUUAACCGGCCUAGACGCCAAGUACCUGGACCGGGUCCGUCAAGUGGACUUCCGCGUCAUCAACGACGUGGGCGGCACGACCAACUGCUACUUCUGCACGGCAGCCGCUUUCAAGGGGUGCUCCGUGAGCACGCUAACGACCGCCUACCGCAUCGAGCCCAUGAGCGUCUGGAACGUCGCGUCCGUGGCCACCAUGGUGGACGUGUUCAAGCGGAUCGGACUGUCGGGCACCACUUUCCGUCAGUUCGCCGACCGCACCGCUUUGUUUAAGCACUUGGACUCGGUCAUCGCUCCCGGCAAUAAGGCUUCGUACGCACUGGCCUACGUCCACGCCGACGGUGGUGGUCACGUGGUCUCGCUGCGGGCGUGGAAGGAUUCGUCGCCGAGCUCGCCCGUCAGCACUCUGAUCACGGACUACCAGGCGCCGUUGCCCGGCAGACCGUUUUCGGACCGGUUCAAAGUGACCGUGCCGGCGUCGGACACUUAUUUCCUGUUCUCGUUCGAAAAGGAAUAUUUCAACACUGAACCGUUCAACGGCAAAAAACUCAACAGCGACAACAGCAUCAAACGGUUGGCGACGACCGACAUCGAGAGCCCGGACGUCGCGAAGCGUAGACUCGAGUAGGUAGCUCCACGUAUAUAUACUUGGGUCAUAUAUACAUACACACACGAACUUGUGUCGUGUAAUAAAAUUGCCAAGAUGCCUCCCUCGAAUAUAUAAUAUUUAUUUGAAACAUACUAUUUAUUUUCUUAAUUAAGUCAAUAAAUAAUAAUACCUAUUCUUUAAAUUUAGGAAUAAGUUGUAUAUAUAGCAAUACCUUUAUAUUUGUGUGGUCAUCAUUGUCUAUGUACUUUUCACCACGAUAAUUACACCAUGUUCAAAAAGGAAUGUCCUACCUGAAGGACUACGUAUUUAUCAUACUAACAUACAUGGAGAUUUCAUAGUCGUUGUUUACCUAUUUACUAUAUAGUCUAAAAAUAUUUAUCUUAAAAACAUAACAAAGUAUCAUCAUACCUACAUGACAGGUACUGAGCCAUAAUGUUGGACAUAGGCGUAAAAUGGAGAGACUGAGGAGGCUAUAGUUUCCUCGAAAUUCUGUUAAAACCCCCGUGUAAAAACGUACUAUUUUAUUAUACGUCCAUGUAUGAGAAUUGAAACAUUUUUCUAUUAUUUGUUUUUACAUCCGAUAAAUAGAUUUUAUAAUCUGACAUUAAUUCACAUUGAAAGGUACUCGCUAAUAUUAUUAAUUCUGAAGAUGUUCUUAUUAUCUAUAUUUUCCAAAAAAGUAGGCGUUUAAACUUGCUAUCAUAAUUUAAGCAAGUAUCAACAGUUAAAAAUUACAAUCAUAUUAUAUAAUACAUAAUUUUAUACUUACAAAAAAACAAGAAAUUCACACCAAGAAAAAAAUUUAGAAAAAAAAUUUUAAAAACUAUAAUUUUGUAAUAUAUUUUUUUUCAGCUAUAUUCAUUAUGUAACACAUUAGUAUUUAUACCAAGAAUAUUUUAGAUUCGAAACGAAGUGAUGAAUGUAUUUUUAAUAAAAACUCCAAAAAAUUAAAAUUCAGAAAUGUAUAAUCAUAUUAUAAUAUAAUUUUACAUAUUUAUAAAAAUAUAAACUUGGCAAAGUAGCCCAGAAAAAACUUUGUAAUCCUAUUCGUUUUUCGGUUAAAAAAAUUCUUUGGUAGGUAGGCGACAUUAAUUUACAAUUGUAUUACAAAAAAAAGUAAAACGUUCGCAAUUAUAUUGCACCAGUUCCAUAUGAAUCUAAUCUUGGACUAAUCCAUUGAUAAAUUCUACGGUAUAGGAAUCCAGUGACACCGUUCGCUAUUUUAUAAGUACCUAUUACGGAUGCAAUAUACCUACCUACCAAAUUUAGAUGAAACUUGUUAGUCCUUAGGAUGUAAAUUUACACGCUGUAAAUAUUAAAAUAUAAGUACAUGAAAUGUAUCCCUUAUUUUAAAGUAAUAAAUUUACUGUUAACUAAUACCUACUAUAUUUUUGAUUUGAUUUUUAUGUAUACCUAUAAUACCAUUUGAAACUGAUAUCAUUCAUCAGUGACGGUUGUAUGUACAUUAUAAUUUAAUAUACUUGUUAUGAAUAUAUUUAAUAAAUAUUAUAAUAAAAAUAUUAAAUAUUU